AUGAAGUUUGAGAAUAUUUUGGAUGAGGCGGACGGUUUUGGCCGCUACCAAAUUAUUAUGAUUGUGCUCUUGGUGUUCCCUCGUGUGACCUUGCCAAGUCAUUUCCUCCUGAACAACUUCAUAGCAGCCAUACCAUCUCACCACUGUGACAUCAGCUCUCUGGAUGGGGAUGAUGGUCUCUAUGUGAAUCUCAGUCACACAGAGAAGUUGACUGUUACUAUUCCAUUAAUGGAGGAUGGGAAACGUAGUUCUUGUCAGAUGUUCUCAGAGCCCCAAUUUCACCUCCUCCUGAACUCCUCCAGCUCUGCUGGGCUUCCCACAGUCCAGUGUAAGAAUGGAUGGGUUUAUGACAACAGCACCUUCAAGAGGACCUUGGCUACACAGUUUGAUCUUGUUUGCGAUAAAAGAGGGCUGACUAAAGCCUCAGCCACCAUUUUCUUUGUUGGCAUCAUGUUUGGAGCUGUGUUCUUUGGAGUCCUUUGUGAUAAGUACGGGCGUAAGACCAUGCUGCUGGUCUCAUACUUGUCUGCCAUCGUGUUUAGUGUAGCCACUGCAUUCUCUAGCACAUUUGUGAUGUUUGCCGUUUUCCGCUUCCUGACUGGAUUUGGAAUAACUGGAAUCAGCAUCAUCACCAUAGUGCUAAGUGUUGAAUGGGUAGACAUCAAAUAUCGGACCUUCAUUGGUGUUAUUGGAAGCAUCUCUUGGACUGUGGGCAAUGUGAUGUUGGCGGGAAUCGCUUAUCUGGUCACUGAUUGGAGGAUACUGAUUAUCACAGUUACAACCCCGCUUGUGCUUGCUGUUGCCACGUGGUGGUGGAUCCCCGAGUCAGCCCGCUGGCUGAUAGCCAUAGGGAAAACAGACAGAGCCUACCACUAUCUACAGGAAUGUGCGAACAGAAAUGGGAGAGCAACAGAAUUUAGCUCCAAAAUCAAACCAGAGACUCUCUCCAGUGUGGUGACUGUGGAUAAUCAGAGCCAUAAUUAUACAUACUUGGACCUGAUACGAACCCCUCGCAUGAGAAGACUUACUCUCUUCACUGGCAUUGUGUGGUAUGGUGUGGCAUCUACAUAUUAUGGCAUAAGUUUAAACAUCACAGGCUUUGGGCUCAGCUUGCAUCUCACUCAUUUCAUCUAUGCAAUCACUGAGCUUCCUGCUAAAUUACUCAUCUACAUCAGCCUGAAUAAGAUUGGUCGCAGAUACAGUCAGGUUGGGACACUGGUCCUUACUGGCUCCUGCAUUCUCAUCAACAUCCUCAUGCCUCUUGAUUUCUCAGUGCUCCGCAGUGUGGUUGCUAUUUUGGGUAAAGGCUUAUCCGAGUCAUCUUUCACCACUGUGUUCCUCUACACCACGGAACUUUAUCCUACAGUUGUUCGACAGAAUGGUAUAGGCUAUACCAGCUUCAUGGCUCGACUGGGUGCCUCCAUUUCUCCUCUCAUCAUGCUAUUGGAUGAACUGUGGAAGCCUCUCCCGGAGGUGCUAUUCUGUACAGUCGCUAUUUCAUCUGGCCUCGUGGCCUUGCUCCUUCCUGAGACUCUUAAUGUACGUCUUCCAGAGAUCAUCGAGGACAUUGAACAACCCAGGUAA